AUGGUUGCCAGCAUUAAGGGCAGAGACCAAGACCAUCCUGGUCGAGAGACGCCUCACUUCAACCCGGGUCUCUUCAAUCCGGGUCUCGUGCUUGGCGAGCAAAGUGACCAUGUAAAUGAAACCACAGCUCUCUUAACAGAUGUGCGCACAUCAGGACCUCUGAAUAGCUACACCAAUGGUGACAAGGAAGAAGCGCCUCUACCCAAAGUCCAGGUGCUGCUGCUCUGCUAUGCCAGGGUGAUAGAGCCUCUGGCCUUCUUCUCCAUCUUUCCCUACGUCAACCAGAUGGUACAAAAUAAUGGAAGCGUUCCGGACUCAGAUGUCGGAUUCUACAGUGGACUCAUCGAAUCCUUGUUCUCCCUGACCCAGGCUGUCGUCAUGAUGUUCUGGGGCCUCGCAUCCGAUCGUGUCGGGCGGAAGCCCGUGCUGGUCUCCUCGUUAUUCGGCGUGGCUCUAGCGACGGGCCUCUUCGGCCUAGCAAAGACCAUAGCGCAGAUGAUCAUGUUCCGUUGUCUUGCUGGUGUCUUUGCGGGGACCAUCGUUACCAUCCGGACGAUGGUCGCGGAGCACAGCACACCCAAGACUCAGGCCCGGGCAUUCAGCUGGUUUGCCUUUAGCGGAAAUCUGGGAAUUUUCCUGGGGCCUCUAUUGGGCGGUGCUCUUGCUGAGCCGGCACAGCAGUACCCGGGGAUCUUUGGAGGCAUCCCGUUCUUCGAGAACUACCCCUAUGCACUUUCGAGCAUAGUGAUCGGUCUUGUGGGUGCGACUGCUGCCAUAUCUAGCGCCUUCUUCGUGGAGGAAACGCUGAAGAAGAAGAGCAAGAAGCCAACAACACCCAGAGAUGACAGUGAGGUUGCUUCGGACACCUUGUCUCUAGACGAGGAUCUCUCGACAUGGCAGCUUUUGAAAGCACCCGGAGUUGCCACAGUCCUGUACACGUAUGGGCACAUCAUGAUGCUCGCUUUUGCCUACACAGCCAUAAUACCCGUUUUUUGGUUCACCCCUGUCAGCCUUGGCGGUUAUGGCUUUACACCGAUGCAGAUUUCCUUGAUGAUGGGGUUGAACGGUGCUUCCCAAGCGGCCUGGCUUCUUCUGAUCUUCCCUCCACUACAGCAGAAGAUUGGGACCAAGGGAGUGAUCCGCCUUUGUGCAUUUGCAUAUCCCAUAUUCUUCCUGGCCUGUCCUUUCGGAAAUAUCCUCCUGCGCAUGGGGACCGAAGAAUCUGCAAGAGCAUUCUGGGUCAUUCUACCGGUGAUGCUGGCCGUCGGUUGCGGAGUCAGCAUGAGCUUUACGGCGAUACAGCUGGCCAUCAAUGAUGUCUCACCCUCGCCAAGAGUCCUGGGCACGCUUAACGCACUGGCCUUGACCGGUGUUAGUGCUUUGAGAGCGUUCUGCCCGGCCCUUUUCACCACCCUGUUUGCGCUAGGCGCGCGAUCUCAACUAGCGGGGGCUAUGCUAUUUGGAUUCUUAUGCUUGUGCUGGCUUCCGGGCUGUCGUUUGUCUCGCGAUAUUUACCGGAGCCCCAAGACGAGAACAAGCAGCCAGACGAUCAAGAGUAAUGAGAAGAGUUUUUGCAUCUAA